GAUACUCGGCAGCAGCCCUUCUAGCCAUACUCUUCGCAUUACCAUUCGCAUGGAGAGUCCUGAUUCACAAAGAAUCCGGACGUUGGGAGAGCAGCGUCCUCGCAUUUUACCAUGCCCAUCUUGAGCUGUUCCUCGGCAACGGAUGUCUAGGUGUGGGUGUUCUAAUGCUUCUGGCCUUGACCUUAGAGAGGUACGUCAGCGUGUGCCACCCGGGUCAUGCCAGACCGAUUUUGGGACCGCCGCGAAGAGCGGUCCUCCUGAUUCCUGCAGCCACGUUCCUUCUUUAUCUGCCGGCCGCUUUUCGGAGCGAAGUCAACACUUGCCGCCUCUAUCCCGGAGGACCUCUAAUCUUCAGACGACAGGAGGUUACGGCCGUCGCCGGGCAUCCCCUUUACGGCAUUUAUACUAUACUCCUCGAGAUGGUCUUCAAAGUUGUACCAACAAUUCUACUUGCAGCUCUCAACUUGCGUAUUUUAUUGGUAUAUAGAAGAUCCUGUGAACGCAGGAGAAGGAUGACUCUCAGUCGCACCGCAUCCGGAGAUGAAGAUCCAAGAAAGUUUGCCGAAGAACGUAGAUUGGUCCUGCUCCUCGGUUCCACCAGCAUCCUAUUCCUCGUCUGCGUAUCUCCGAUGGUCAUCCUGAACGUAACCAUAACCGAAGACAACUUGGCCAGAUACCCGUACCAGGUGUUCCGCGCCUUGGCAAACCUCCUAGAAGUCACCAACUACUCGAUCACCUUCUACAUAUACUGCCUCUUCUCCGAGGACUUCCGCAAUACCCUCCUUCGCACCCUCCACUGGUCCAACAGUCCACCCGCAAGAGGCAUGAUGAAGGCACCUCCACCAACCGCCACCACGACAAUAACGCAUCCGCGGAGCGUCUGAUACAAGACGGCGGGGUUGAGGAACGCCACCCCAGUUUGAUGAUCAAAAAGAAAAUAAACCAACCAAUUCUCAAGCGCUUUGCAAAACGUAAAUCGUUCGCUCAGAAUUACAGACUGGAACCCCGCCCGAUCGACACCAACAAAAAAUGGAAAAUUUAAAUAUAACGGAAAAACGCAAUGGACUUAUGCAACUCUUCUCAAUUAUUCACACACCUUAAUACUAUAUAUAUACAUAUAACUUUUUAUAUAACGAUCUUACUCUCAACUUUUUCAACACACUUCGUUAGUUAGGGUAACCGAACAAAUAACAACAUUAGGUUUAAGAUUAAAUUUGAUAUCGGGACGAUCUUUGCAUGAAGUAUUCAUUACUUAUCCAUAAGUGUGUAGUGAAUGCUGCAGGAAAUCAAAGCGAUUUAGAAUUCCGAGCAGGUAUAGUUUGGGGGGUCGUCCCAAUCUAAUCGUUGGUGUUAUAUAAUAAACAGAAAAGACUUGGAAGUUAUUGAUUCACGUUGAUUGAUUCCCGAAACGCUUACACAUUUAUCUGAUUGGGAAUACACGUUCGCUCAUAGCGCAUUUACGAAUAAGUAAGAUAAACCCAGUAAUCUGUAAAUAUGAGUUCUAGUUUAAGCAUUUAUAUAUAUACAAACAUAUAUACGGAAUUUUGUAUUAUAUAUUAUUAUGAAUGGAGGAUCGAAAUUAAUGGAAUGGAAU